CCCCGACGCGCUCACUUCGCUCGCUCCCGCGGCCCCCUCGAGCCCUCGGGCUCUGGCUUCCCUGAGGCUGAGCUCCAUGGAAGCAAGUGCAGCACCCAGUGUCCAGAACUGCCCUUCAGACUCUACCACAGGAGAUGGGGCCACACCCCCCACAAGCCAGGCUGUGAGCCGUGCCCCAACCUGUGCCCGUUGCCGCAAUCAUGGUGUCACUGCCGCUCUUAAGGGCCACAAGCACCUGUGCCUCUUCCAGGCCUGUGAAUGUCAUAAAUGUGCCCUCAUCUUGGAACGAAGGCGUGUCAUGGCUGCCCAAGUGGCUCUGCGGAGACAGCAGGAGACCCAGCUGAAAAAACACUUGACCCGCGGCCUACUGAAAGAUGGGGUGGCCCCGCUGAAGAUUUCCAACUGUGGAAAGUGGGGGCCUGCCCACCCAUGGGCACCUGCUGGAAAGGAGAAUGUGGGCCCCCAGCCUGAGCAGGCCCUCCCAGGAGCUCCCCAGACUGUGCCAACACCCUUUGAAAAGGAGAGCACCCCCCAAACCUUGCUGCUCAGUAGGCCAUUGGACACCGUGCCAUUGUCCUGGCACCCCGGGCCCUGGCUUCCCCCUACCCUGUCCUCCCCACUUUGGUGUCAUCUGCUGUACCAGGAGCCUGGCAUCGCCCUGCAUCCAUUCCCCGGCUUUGACUCUGGCUCCUCCCUCUGCCUGACCAACCAUGGAGCCCUCCCAGUCUGCCCAGGACAGUGCCAGCUACUGAUGGCCUCCAUGCCAGGGGAACCUUCUAGGCUUUCCAGCCUGGCCCAGCCAUGCUCAGCAGUGAUUCUCGAGCCCUGCAGCCUCCCGGACCCCCUGCUCCUGCAGCCCCAGGCCCCUGGGGCCUCCACCACGGCCUGGGUAUCAGCCUCCAAAGAGCACCAGCUUCAGCGGGAAGCAGCCGAGGCCUUGGUGGGCUUGAGGGACUCCCCCCAACCUCCGAGGAACCCAAUGCCUCCUACUAGCCCCCCCAAGCAGGCCUGGGUAUCCUUGCUCCACCCCGGCAGCCCCUCAGGCCCAGCUUCCACAAAGGAAGGCAAGGAGGCUCAGGACUCAGGGUCCUCACUGCGACCAAGCCCAGCCCCAUCCGUGGCCCUGCAUAUCGGCCACCUAGGAUCCAUCUCCCUGCUGGGCUGAGGGCCUCUCGCAACCUUCCAUAACAGGGCAAGGAAUCAGCCUGCUGGGGGGUCUGCCCACCACCUUCUCCCCGUCCUCAGACCCUGGACCCCCUUAGACUCU